UCAACAGGGUAUAUAAAUUUUGCCAAGAUGUUUGGAAUACCCAGAAGGCAACGUCGAAGACCCUUUAACAUAUAAGGAAGUUGUUUUCUACUGCAUAAAGAAAAAUGUUCCAGAACAAUGCAAUCCAGAAACGCUGGGGAAAUAAUUCCGAGCACAUAUUCACAAGCAACCGAAUUAAUGGAUUUUCACAGACGAAUGCAUCACAAUUUUAUGGUACUGAAUUAUGUUGCCAAAAAUAUGAUUUAUUUUUACAAAGGAACAAUUUCUAAUGAAGUCAACCGAGACAACUUCUGGCGUGAUGGAUAUGAUGGAAUGAAAAAUUCGGUUGAAGGCACAUUAAAUAAUGUAGCUAUGUUAAAAUAUAAAUUAUGGCUAUUAAGCAAUUAUAAUAAUCGCACUGGAAGAUUUCGGCGAUUUUCUAAUGACUUUCAUAACAGGCAUCAGGAAUUAGAUACAAUCAACAUUACAGGCUACGCUUUAUAUCAACACCCACACAAAUUUAACAGGAGUGUAUAUUUAGUUCCAAAGCAUACAGCGAGACAUAUUUUCUUAGAUCCUGACGCAAAAACAAGAACCAGUAAGUUUUCUUUUUAG